AUGGUCGGGGGUGACCGUUGUCAGUUCAAGGUAUCGGCCUGUUCAACACAGCCUUGCAGUCCGUACGGGUAUUGUGUUGAACAAAAACAUGGUUACAUUUGUGAAUGUUUCGAUGGAGCAGAUGGUUUACACUGUGAGAGCAGUCGGAAUCGCAAUUCGGACUUCCCCGUUGCCAGGACUCAAAGUAAUCCCGAUGUGAUCCAGCCGAACCCGUGUCCUGUGGGCACCUGUGCCAACGAAGCCAUUUGUAUCCGGUCCUUCGGUUCGACAGGCGACAACAGGUCCAAUCGUGCUGCAUUGGACUUUAUCUGCCAAUGUGAUACAGCUGUCGGACGCUUUGAAGGACCGCGAUGUGACAUCGAUGUGGACGAGUGUGUUGUGGGCAUACCCGGCGAUGCGCAUGGACCAGUCUGUCUGAAUGGUGGUCAAUGUGUGAACACGUACGGAUCGUACUUUUGCCGUUGUCCGACCGGUUGGUCAGGUCCCCGAUGUGAAACCCGGUGGCGUGCAUGCACAAGCGGGUAUCAUCCAGUCUGUCGGAAUGGAGGCACGUGCUUGGAAAACGAGAACAGUUUUCAGUGCAUUUGCCCUACAGGAUUUACCGGUCUAUUUUGUGAAACGGAAAUCGAUGAAUGUGCAAACAAACCGUGUCGAAACGGUGGUUCAUGCCUUGAUUUGAUUGGAUCCUAUCUCUGUCUCUGUCCCUCUGAUUGGACCGGACGUAAUUGUUACAUGGGUCCCAGAUGCGAAGGUCAGAUCAAUCUAUGUCGUCUUGACCCACAACUAGGCCGGUUCAAACCGACCACCGACAGCCAUCAAAAACUAGUUCAAUGGAUUGAUCAGGCCAUGCCCGCUGAGCAGUUACCGUCUACAAAAAACCAUUGGCUACAUGCCCUUUUGUCUGCCUUCCGUGAUCCUGCAUUAAAAACGGGCACAAGCUCUCGAGAGGAAACUUCCAUUUACACUGGAUUGUGCAAUCCUCAAGGUGUAUCUCAAUGUGUUCCACACGCGGGGAAUUUCAGCUGUUUAUGUCGCAUGGGUUUUCACGGCAGUUUGUGUGAACAGCCACGUGACUUGUGUCAUGAAAUCGAGCUGGAACUGGGCGAGGCUUAUUGUAUGAACGAAGGAUUGUGUGAAACGCAAUUGACGAUAAAUCCUGAAAGUGGCACUUCCAGUGAGACAGUCAUGUGUCGUUGCCCGAACGGUUAUGGCGGAUCACGUUGUCAGCUGUUCACCGAUGUCUGCUUCUCUAAUCCCUGUCUCCAUGGCGGUUCAUGUCAGCCAAUCUCGCAUGUGUCAGGACUGCUGUCUUCUUCCUCGGCCCCACUCGAGCUGAGUCAUCCGGACCGGAUGAUGAACUAUCCGAAUAGGACAACCGAAACAGCCACAACUGCGGCAGCAGCAGCAUCAACAACAACAUCACUCACUCGGGGUGGUCCCGCGUACGAGUGCAUCUGUCCUCCUGGUCGAGUCGGUCGACACUGCGAAUUGGAUCGCGAUGCGGCCUGUUUGCCCGAUAGCUCACCGUGGUGUGCUAACCAAGCACAAUGCAUCGCCGGUCCGGAGGGUUCGAAAUGCAACUGUCCGCCAGGCUUUUGUGGGCUCCACUGUGAGAAGAACGGGACAGCUGAUUGUGCUCCACUCAUCCGACCGGAAUCGGUCUUCGCAUCGUGGCUAGGUGCAUCGAUUGAAUCGGACACAUGUGAGUGGAAUCAGUGCGCGACAAAACGUGGGAACGGUCGAUGCGAUCCGGAGUGCGAUCGCUUGGCAUGCGAUUUCGAUGCGCUUGAGUGUUUACUCCCGGUGACUGAUCCAUUGGAACCACUUGAUCAACUGACCGGAAGUGAGCGCCUCACUUUUGGGUCGCUCAAAAACGGGACAGAAUCCGGAUCGCAACCCCGGCCUCGGCUACUGCCCAUUCAAUCACCCAAACCCAGCCUGCCUUGGAGCAAGUGUACUGCGAUUCGUCGUGACGGCAUCCCAUGUCAUCUGCGAUUUUCCGAUGAUCGGUGUGAUACGGCUUGUGCGACUGAAGCCUGUCUAUUUGAUGGAUGGGACUGUGAGACGGAGUCACAAAUUCCCGAUCCCAUGACCGGCGAUCGCGCAGACAUGCGCUGCCCAUCCUAUUGUGGACCAAACUCCUCAGAAGAUGAUUGCCUUACGAAAUGCAACAUCAGUAUUCCAAAGUCAUCCUCUGCAUGUGGAAAUGAUUCGAACGGAGCGGGAUCCUGUUCAGCGAAAUCCGGCACAACCACCAAGUCUAUUACUAUUUUGAAUGGUGAGCUUGUCCUGCUCAUUCGUAUCAGUCCCGACGAACUACUGGCCUCAGCGACCGGGCAGUUGAACCAACUAUUAUCCGGUUUGAGCCAGUUGCUUCAUUUGAAUGUCAGUGUGAAACGUCAAGGGGAUACAGGUGACCGGUGGAUGGUCUACGGGGUUCCAUUACUUGACUUAAAAGUACAAAAUGACCGGUCGGUUCCGGAGGAUCAGGCGAGGAGGCGCAGCUCCAGAUCACGCAGAGAUGCCCCCAAUGAAAGCGCACCCGCAGGAGCCAACCAGAACAAGUUGAUUGGGAGUCAGUUGUAUUUACAACUGGAUGCAACAUCUUGCACAAACAGAGGGGGCUCGUGUUUUCAGCGCGUCGAUGGGGCCGCCCAAUUUGUCACAGCUGCAAUGCAUCAUCGUCAGUACACAUUUCUACGCCCGGUUCUUUCCGUGCAAUCCACCCCGGGCACAAAACCGACUCCUAUCGGUCCGGGCGAGAGAAGACGAUGGCAACCAUUCGAUUGGUUAUGGUCCGUGAACUGGCCUAUCUAUGCAAUAUUUUCUAUUACCGGUAUGCUCAUCCUCAUGCUCAUUGUUGGUGUGAUGUUCACGGCUACUCAGCUCAGUCAACGUUCCACAUGUCAGUCGACUGUGCACCGAAGAUCUCUGUCCGCCUAUUUGCACGCGAUCGGGAAGAAACGAAACGCUAAAAAGAUUCAACGAGCAAAAAUCUGGUUUCCUGAGCAUGGUCUGCUGGGCCGUGUACGACCAGGACACAAACCGGGGCCCGGAUCCACAUCACGUGUCCAACCGGGCCACAGUCGACUUGCCCUGAUCCCAUCCAGCUUAAGCAAACCGCACACUUCGUCGUGUCCACCGCAUUCGUAUGAGCAACAGGAGCAGCAGCAGCAGCAGCAGCAGCACCAACAUCAUCAGUCAGCCCAAUACCACCACCAUCACCACCACCACCAAUUCGGUGAUUCAGAACGUCUCAGCCUGAUGUGGUAUUUGUCCGGGGACACGAGCGAGUAUAAACCUUCGAUUUAUCUGCCAACCAGUUCCGAUAUCGGUUCACCAUCGAUGAACAAACGGCCACGUCGAAACGAAGUUUCCACUUUUCUCUCUUCCGCCAAUGUAAGCAACACGAGCGCCGUCACCCGCCCUGUCGACACGUCCGGUGUGGGCCUAGUUAGUUGCACGAUUCGAGGUGGAUCGAUCUCAACCUCCAGUGGAAUUGUCCCGUUUGGUCAAGCAGUCAAAUCUGAGGCUCUCACAGAAGCACAAUCUGCGGUGAUGUCUCAUGCACCAAUCGACAGCUCAGCAGAGGAUUAUAGAAUUGAACCCGGCACAACUGUGAGCAGUAUUGUCAGUGGCGGUGGCGGUGAGAGUGGGACUGGAAGUACCAGUACAACCACCACGAAUACAGUGAGCACCCGGGUAGACGUAGCCGGAAGCGAUCAGGACACAGUGAACACACUACACUGGGAUCGGACCAGCCUCGGACCGGUGUCUGAGACGUGGUCAUUCUAUCAGAUUAUCAUUCAUUUGCUCCAAUCCAACGGUCUGGAAGAUCUGACCAUGCAACCGUUCUGCCAUGUCCGAACCGGUGGCUCGACUGAGACUGACGGCAAUGCAUUGAUUCGUUCCAUUCUUCGAUACACAAUCAAUCUGGAUCGACAGGAACAAGUCGGACCAGCCUCGGUUGAUGUGAAUCCACUCAAUCCAAGCGCUUCACAUACGCACAUAUGCACUGAAUUGCACUCCGCAUGUCCCAUCCUUUUUCCUCGUCUGUGCAGAGUGCUGGAGUUCCGUUUGGCCGAAACAGGGGAAACGUUGUUACACGCGGCAGCACGGUUGAAUCAGGCUUCAAGUUGUACAGAUCUGUUGGACGCCGGAGCAGACCCCACGAGUGUGGACAACGCCGGUCGUACAGCACUUCUGUCCGCCGUGAGCUCUGGUGCUCUGGACGCGAUCCAUGUGAUACUUGCCCAUCCUGUUGUCAACUCCAACCCCAUGUGUUUCGUGCCCAGUUUCUUGACCGACUCGACUACACCACUAAUGCAAGCAAUCAAAAUGGGUGAUGUGGAUGCAUUCCGCAUGAUCUUGCACGCGAUGAACAUUCAGAUUUGUACGUUAGCAAAAGCACAUGCAGCUAUCAAUACACCAAUUCCUAGCACCGGACCAAAUGUUUAUCCGUCAGUAACUCAGUCUGGUGCACAUGCUACCGAACCGCUAUCCCCGACAAACCCAACCUGGUCCCUGUCAUACGGAUGCAAUUCAAAAGAGACAACUGCGACACGUGCAUUGUCAUCUGAUCCAACCGUGGCUGUGAUCAACGAAGACAAUGCGAUGAGCUUACUCGACCUAAACAUGACAGACAAUCUCGGUAGGACCGCAUUGCAUUGGGCUGCCGUGACUGACCAGCCCGACAUGCUCAGUUGUUUACUUGAGGCCGGUGCAUCCUUGGAUGUACAGACCACGUGCGAUGAAACCCCUCUGGCAUUGGCAGCCAGGGAAGGCGCAUUUAGUGCAUGUCGUUUACUUUUGGUUGCUGGAGCCAAUCCCGAGCUUGCGGACUAUUUGGAUCGUACGCCAAAACAACUGGCUCAAGCUGCCGGAUACGAAGAUAUUGUUCGACUGUUCGACGUUCCGGUACAUCCGGAUUCAGCCGUAGUUUUGAGCUCAGCCGGUAGUCGACAACUGGGGUUUCCCCAGGGUGCAUCUAUGACAUGGUCCCACAUGGCAUACAACCCACGAACCCGAAUGAUUAUGAGCAAUCAGGAGCGGCCUGGAAGAAUUUCUAACCAACGAAAUCCCAUGUUCUUUCCCAACCAAUCGGUCAUAGAAGAGCCCCAAAAACAUGAAGCCAAUUUGAAUUUGAUCGAUAAGAAUGAUCCCUUUCCCUGUGUCUCAAAUGAUCACUGCGCAAUUUGGGAAGAUUCAAAAAAUUUUCGAGAUGAAUCGUCCUUUUUUCUAACAGUCAACAAUCCAUACACUUCGGCGCUGGUUAUCAAGUUGGCCUGA